UGUCCGAGGUUAUAAAUCUAUAAACAAAGUUAAAAUUCGGAUACAAUUUCGGAUGUUGUAGAUUUUAUUUUUAGUAGAUUUUGAUUCUGUAUUUUACAUUGACCAUCUUGCCUAACAUUUCUGAAAAAAAUAUCUAUUUCAGAAAUUAAAAUAAAAAAUAAAGAAUUUUAAUUUCGGUUUGAAUAUUUGUUGAUUUUAUUUGCAAUACAAUUUCAGAUCAUAAAGCCCAGGUAGGGUGGGCAUUAUCUGAUUAUAAGGAAGACAUUACUAAGCAAUGGGCAAAUGAAUGGUGUACUAAACUUACCAAGUGUCUUGCUCAGGCUCUAGGCACAAAAUGAAGCAACAGUACCAGCUUGCAGCAGUGUAUUGCUUGCUGUUUAUCGCAACACAGUUUGUUAACAAGUAUGUGUUGACUGUACUUGGGUUCCAGUUUCCAACAAUAUUUCAAGGAUGGCAGACUCUUGUUGGUUUUUUAAUGCUUAGUUUGCUUGUGACAGCGAGGCAUGUGCCACCACUUAUGGAGAACAUCACAAGAUAUGAUGUAGCCAACUGGUUGCCUGGGAUGCUUCUAUUUGUUGGAUCAAUAUACUCAGGGUCCAAGGCACUUGCAAAACUGCCAAUGCCCGUUUUUCUUUCCCUCCACAACUUGAUAACUGUGAUACUUUGCACUGGACAGCUCGCGCUUUACAGGCAGCUGACAAGUUUAUACAGCUACGCGAUGAUGAUGAUUCUUGUGAUUACGUCCAUUCUCAUUGGUGUUUCUGACCCGGAUUUCAAUACUGACGGAUAUUACUGGAUGUGUGUACAUGUCCUUACAACAGGAGGCCUUUCCAUUUUUUCAAAGCUAGCAAGAAGCAGGUUGAAAUUGAGUGCACACGAAAAGCUAUAUUGCAACUAUUUGUACAGUGUGAUUGUUUUAGCCCCAUCAAGUUACUUUUUAGGUGAUGCUAUUAAGGCAGGGGCUUAUCCAUAUCUAUUUUAUUCCAAAUUUUACAUGGGAUGUAUUAUGAGUGGCAUUUUUGGUGUAUUUUUAAGCCUUAACAAUAUCAAACUGAUGGAGUUUAAACUUGAUAAGGCAGAUCUAUCAAAAAUAGCGGGUAUAGCGAAGUUGCUGACAUCAGUCUGUUCUCUUUUAUUUUUUGACAUGACACUCACCGCCAACAACGUAUUAUGGCUGAGCAUCAACCACCUGGCGGCCAUUGUGUGUGAAGACUCCUCCAACGUUGAAGAAUCUCCUACGGUGCCUACUGACGGACAACUCGUUCAACAGAACUCUAAUACGCGGGAAUAUAUCAGGAUUAAUGUUACUUGAUCAUUUAUUGAUACAUUUAGUUGUGUUUUGUGUUAAGAAUGAUAGGUUUCGUUUGAAACAAAGAAAUUUUAAAAAACUGAACAGUUUUUAGUACAUUUAAUUUUUAGAUGAUGUUUUUAAAGAUAUUAGCUGUACAUAUAAAUAUUUAAGCUCAUCUACACAAUUAUGUUACCGGUGUCAUAAUGAAUCAAGUAUUUCUCAUUGUCCGUGUUAUUAAAGAAAUUAAAAUUAAAACUGAA